AGCUGAGAGGAGCAAACAGGCCCUGACUGCCAUGGCCACCCAAAGCAGGAAGAACAGCAACAGUGAAGUGGUUUACCUUCCAGAGGCUGACAAUGCUUUCUCAGUGGAGGACAGAGCCGUAGAGGAAGACUGCCAGCCUACCAAGAUGAAAUGCCUUGAAGGUUUCCGUUUACACCAAAGACCAGGCAAGUUCGGUGGCCCCUCUACUCCUAAGGGAAAAGAUGAGAAAGACAAGAUAGCAGAGGAGGAGAAGGAGGAUUUAGAUCCAUGUUUGGUUGCAGAUCCAGAUGAAGAAGAAAAUGAUCUUGGGGCUCCAGCUGCCCUUGACAUCACUCAUUACAUGCAGAAAAGUCUAUCCUGCUCUCCUGGACUCAAGACCCCUGGUGUGCUGGGGAUGUCACCUGCCUCCUUGCACUUUGUGUGGCAGCCUACAUUUCCCAGCACCAGCUCUCCAGCUCGGCAUUUUGGACCUCAACAGCCCCUGAUAGACUCAUCUUUCUUCUGCAACCAAUUACCCUCGUGGCCUUCUAGGCUCAGCCAUCUGACCCAGCUCCACCCUCAGCACCAAAGGAUCCUGCAGCAGCAGCAGCAGAGUCAAACACCAAGUCCCACAGCCAAGAAGACUUGGUUUCAGCAGCCAGACCCUUAUGCUAACAUCAUGACCCGAAAAGAGAAGGAGUGGGUGAUAAAAGUGCUGAUAGCUCAGCUGCAGAGCAAAAACCCACAUCUGGAUGAUUAUUACUAUCAGAAAUAUUAUGAGAAGCUAGAGAAGGAGGCAAAUGAAGAACUACGUGGACAAAGGAACAGGGUUCGGUCUCCAAAGUUGGUGACACCUUAUAUUCAGAAGGCAGAGACUUAUGAAUCAGUGGUUCGUAUUGAAGGCUCCCUGGGCCAGGUGGCUGUCUCAACAUGUUUUAGUCCUCGCCGAGCUAUUGAUGCUGUAUCUCAUGGAACUCAAGAGCAGGAUCCAGCAGCUGCAAGCAGUCAGAAGCUUCGGGUAUUAUGCAAGAUUGAGAGGAUGUUCCUGCAGUUACUAGAGAUAGAAGAGGGCCAGAAGGGACUUCCACAGACCUGCCACUCUGGGCAGCAGAACAACCAGAUUGAGAAGCUCUUCCAAGCCUUAAAGACCCAGGAGCAGAGCAACCUAGAGGAGACAGCGGAUAGCUUCCUACAGGUGCUCUCUGUGAGGAAAGGGAAAACCUUGGUGGCCCGGCUGCUGCCCUUUCUGCUACCUGACCAGGCUGUUAGCCUUCUUGUGAUUGUCACCCAGCAUCUGCCCCUCCUGAUCCGGAGGGAUGGGACUGACCAGGCCCUGCACAUGUUGUUGAAGCCUCUGGGAAAAUGUAUCAGUCAUUUGACCUUCCACAAACUUCUCCAAGGACUUCAGGGGUUAAUAUUGCUAGCACCUGGCUCCUCAGAGCACCCAGUCACUGUGGUACUUCAGAACCAGUUUGGAAUAUCUUUGCUCUAUGCCCUGCUGAGUCACGGGGAGCAGCUGGUGUCCCUGGAUUCUUCUCUAAAGGAACCCAACAAGGAUCACACAGCUUGGACAGACAUGGUAGUUCUGAUUGCCCAGGAGAUAGCUCGAAUGCCUAUAGCCUUCCUGGCAGAACCCCUAACCGUCCCCAGCAAUCUGCUUCCCCUAUUCUGUCGCCUCAUGGACAAACAACUGGUUCAGCAGCUGGAGACCAGAAUGGAGGGUGUCUAAUCAACUGGUCAGUUUGUUUUGGAAUACCUCUACCAGUAUGUAGGUGGCUUAAUCAUCAGACAAAAAAUUAUAUGAGUACUCUACAGCAAUCCAGACAAUCUGAAGAUAUUUCUCAUGCCUUGGGAUAUUGGAAAGCUCU